AUGGAAGAGGCUCGCGCCAUUCAACACCGCUGCGAGUGCCUCGAGGCUGCCUGUGUUCGAGAUAACGUGGAUGUUGUCGAGCCCCUGAGAGGCUCUUCGCGAUCGGCGCCGCCAGGGUUCGGCUCUUGGCUGGACCAGCAUCUGGAGCUCCACGACCCUGUCCUCCGGGCCCAGCGGGAGCGCGGCAGCGAUUCUGUGUCCAGCGCUUAUCCGCCUCGCUCUCUAAAGUGUUGGAACGACCGGUGCAUCCACUACGUCUACGGUUUUCCCACCGAGCUUGAUCGGAGCUGCCACCUCGUCGUUGUCGUCGUCGUCGUCCGUCCUCCCCUCCAGACCCAAUGCCUCCGAACCGUUGGGCCCGUCGCCUCUCAUGCACCUUCCACGCCCCGCCCUCUCCUCCAGGCUUCCUCCUCUCAGAAUCCCGACGCCGUCGACGGAGCGGCGAGACUCGCUCAUAGCCUACGCAUACUCCAGCCGCUCAGCAGCCCCGAGGAGCGCCAUCGACGCCGAUGUCGAGCCUCUCCUGCCGCCAUUGAAGAGGAGCAGGGUCGACAGCCUGCCUCGAUUGGAGUCCAUUGGAGAGCUUCGUCUCUUCCACGACCAGCGGCCAUGCCUCCGCUGCUCCUCCUUCUCACAACCACAGCUCCAAACGCCAACGUCUUCCACAACAUCCCCCAUAAGGCGACAAAAUACUAUCGAGACGCCUUCUGGUGGUCGGGACAGCAGUCUCAGAGGAGGCUCAACGGAUACAAUGAGGCGGCACAUAUUACCCGUGAGAUGUUUGAUCGCGCUCCCCCGAUUCUUUGCGCCAUGGCCGCCAGCUGGAACUGCCAGGAGACAUCGUAUAGUGCUCUUGAUCUCCUGAGGUAUACCGGAUAUAUAUCUCCUUCUCGUGAGGCUGAGGAAUCACAGUACCCGGUCUUAUACCACGCCAAGGUGCUGCUGCGCGAGACUGCCUUUUACUGUCUCUUCUAUCCCAAACCCGUCAUCCAACUGGAUCCCAACCUAGGAUAUCAGCCCCCGUCAGACCGCCUGGAUUUCACGGGAGAACACAGUCGCCUUGUUGAACAAGCCAUGGUAACCUUUUUGACGGCGUUUGAAGCAAUUGCUCUGAGAAGCACUCCUCUUCAAUCGAAAGAAUGGCUGGCCGUUUUCUAUUCCUUAUGUAUCUUCAGUAUAAUCCGGACGCUCCUCAUGGACCUUGCUUCAAUAUCCUUGCUACCAUAUCAUACGUUUCAACACCAAGGCUCGCUCAGAGACAGCCCCCAGACCACGAUAGACAGCGUAUACAAGGCACUUGUGCACUUCUUCAUCACGGGAGGACCGAUGUUGACAGAUGGCUCUCCCAAUGACGUACAUCCAGACGAUGUACCCGCAUUUGAGCUCACACGUCGCAUCAUGCGUAUGGAUACGUGGCAAGCCCGAGAUAUUCGCUCCAGCACAGAUUUCCUCAUGACUUUGGGAGGCGGGUUCAACGACGCGUUUGGAUUCCACGGCUUUAUUCGGCCAGGGCAGCCGGUCGUUUCUCCCAGCCACGAUUCUCAGCUGUCAGCAAUCCAGGCUCUCUCAGCGCGUGAGCCACGCUGGUCAUCCGUCGGUAGCUCUGCAUACCCGCCCUCGUCUUCGUAUAGAGAGGUACUUGCGCCGCGUCCGGAUGUGAUGGAUGAUGGCAAUAUAGACCGCGGAGGCGUUUCGACUUCCCUGAACCAGUCUGUUCCGGAACAUAUUGGGCGAGCCAGGAGACAUACAGUUGCCGAGGCCGCUCCCACAAACAUCUUUGCACACCAGCUGACCCCUAUGAGAUUUAAAACAACAUAUCAAAGACCCCCUCUACGGCGCGUGUUCUGUCGCAAGUGUAAUGAAUACCCCGAAGGAUUCCGCGGCGAACACGAGCUGAGACGCCAUACAGAUGCAAAACACGCGGCGCUGGUAAAGCGAUGGGUGUGCUGCGAACCCGAGGGACACAGUCCGGCAUCACCACAGCCCACCAUUCCGCUAUCGAGCUGCAAAGCCUGCGUCAUGCAGAAGCACUAUGGCGCCUACUACAACGCUGCGGCUCAUCUGCGCCGGGCUCACUUCAACCCCCAUCGCGGGGGCAAAGCCAGCGGCGAUUGGCCGCCCAUGUCGUUGCUCAAAGAUUGGAUGCGCGAAGUGAGGCAGUCCGUGGCAGAGGUAAGCGGUGAUGUCGACAACGAGAUGUCGACUGAUGGCGAAGAAGAGGAGGAUGUAAAGCAGCCUGGCGCCAGAACGAUUCCGCUAGCAGCGAUUCCACCAGCUCCUGUGAUGGAGCUGCCACCCAUUCCGAUCAACAGCGGGCACAUGUCGGCAUCGUCCGUCGGCUCGAUGACGGUAUCGCCAAAUUCUAUCAUGGAGGAGCAAGGAUCCUGGGAAAUGAUGUCGCGAAGUCCAGCUGGACGAUUAGCUCCUCCGCCACCUCCACCUCCACCUCCACCACCACCGCCGCCGCCAAUGUCGCUUCCGCCACCACAAGCAUCCCAGCCACCACUCCCGCAUCACCUAACAAGGCCCAUACCGACCCCACCGGCGCCUGAGAACCGUAGCCGGUGCCCGUUUCCGGACUGCGGGCGAGUUUUCAAAGAUUUGGCAGCCCAUAUGCUCACGCACCAGGAGGAGAGACCAGAGAAGUGUCCCAUCGAGUCGUGUGAGUAUCACACGAAAGGCUUUGCUCGCAAGUAUGAUAAGAACAGGCAUGCACUCACGCACUACCGAGGAACAAUGGUCUGUCCAUUUUGCCCCGGGGUUGGCUCAGCUUUCGCAAAGGCGUUUAAUCGAGCCGACGUAUUCAAGCGCCACCUUGCCGCAGCCCAUCAGGUCGAGCAGGCGCCGCUACAUAGCCAUACAACCAACAGAGGGGGUCGACUCAUAACGCUAUCUGCCAAUUCAGGGGCUAGCGCCAUUUGCUCUAUUUGUAACAACCGCUUCGCCGCGCCGCAGGACUUUUAUGAGCAUUUGGAUGAUUGUGUGCUAAGCGUCAUCGUUCCGGCGGGAACCCGCGCAGCAUUGGACACGAGUAACGAUGCUAACGAUGACGAUAAAAAGACGACAGGAGGAGCUGGGGCUGGAAAAAACGCAACAGCUGAAGCAGUAGCCGCACCGGCAGCGGCAGCAGGGACAGGAUCGGGAACAGGGACAGGGACUGGAACGGCGGGUCUUUCGGGGACGGUAAAUAAGGUUGUUGCGCUACUGGUAUUACUCAUCCGAAUCUUCAUCCUAGGCAAGCGAAGAAGAGAGCUGCACCAACAGCAGCAGAAAGAGAAGAAUCAAGUUAAUAAAUGGGUCUUUUAUAUUGACCCGAGGACGGAGAAGCAACAAGCAGAUGAUAAGCGUCAGCCUCAAUUUGGACGGCAGCAGCCAAAUGUCUCAGACGUUGCCGUUGCUAAUCGCAGCCUCAACCUCGGUAACAAAACGAAGUACUACAACCCGGGCUUUCCAGACAUCUUCCUCUCCAAGGAACACCGCGACAGAGCGUUUCGCUUCUUCUGUACCAUGACCCGGGACGAUCGCACCGUCUUCUUCCGCCGGCUGCAUGAUUUGGUUUCCGUAAAUGUCGCCAAGGGCACUCUGGACAGCCAGCUGCUGUUGUCGGUGAUGCAGUUCAACGUCAUGCGAGCUUCGAUGGCGGCUGCGAAGGCGAUUGGGGUAAUCUGGGAGCAGCUGAUUGCGGAUGAUGCCAUAUCGCCUUUCAACCGUGGCACUGUGUUUCCUAUGCUGUUUCUCGCGCCAUAUGAAGAUGCGACGACUUCGAGUGCGAGCAAUGCCGCUACUAGCAAUGGCAAUGAGUUAAUGCAUCUCCCUCCCUGUUUACAGCCAACUGCGUUGCAGAGACAAGUUAUUCAUCACCCGUGGAUCGAUCUCUGCCCGCAGCCAUCUCUACGAGACGCUCUACUAAAACGACUAAAUGAUAUUGACGAGGAUGAAUUUUGCCACCAUCUAUUUCUACAAAGCAGUGAUGCUGAUGAGGACGGCAUGAUAGGAAUGGUGAUAUGGGGAGAGCCUUUCGAUACUGCAUCAUACGAAAUCUCGGAAACCAUGCUACGAAAGUGGCCGUGGCUGGCGAAGGAAUGCCCAGACAUAGUCAAGACGACAAAUUACUGGAGAAGAGGAAGGGCAGAAAAGCCGUUGAAGAUUUCAUGA